AUGGGCGGCGAAGGCCCUACUAUCGCCAUCAUCCGGGGUCUCAAGGUUAGGGUCCCAGUGCUAGACCGUUUCCUGAACGCAAAUGGGGUCGAUGAGACAUACGGCCUUGCACCCUUCUACGAUAUCGACCCCGACCAGCAGUCACGGCUUCUACGCUCAAAAGUCGGAGGAGGCGAUACACGCACCCGCAUCUUUGUCCCCUCAAAAUUAGGCCGUAAUGAAACCAAUUUUGCAUAUGUGGCUUGGGCCUGGGAGAUGGUUUACGCUCAGAAGGAGAUUCUCUUAGACCAGCACCUCCCUACAAAUCCACCAACAGGAUGGGCAGCUAUGCGGGAUGAGAUAUUAUCCUUUAGUCAUGAUACGGAUUCCAAUUGGAACGCCGCUGGGCAUGGAAAGACGGGAUUAUUUGUCGUAGUAUCAGACGAACGGCCAUACUUUCCCCUUUCAUUCCUGCAACAAAAUACUCCGCCUAUCCAUUGCGACCAAUGCGAGGCCACUUUUGACUUGUUUCGUAAACGACAGGAGCACCGGAGACUGGAGCAUGGAAUCGAUGAGGGAAGCAAUCCACUCCCAGACAAUGAUUAA